AUGGGUGUACUAAAAAAUCUUCAUGCAAUGACGAAAAGUGAACAAAAGGAGUUUUUUAAUUCUUUUGAUCAAGUAUUAUUUGAAGUAAAAGAUUCCAUAGAUGCCAAAGUAAACAUUUCACUAGACAAACUGAAUACUAUCAAGUGCUUCGGAGAUAUUCAGAAGCAUGUAAGUUAUUUAACAAAUAAUAGUGGAACCAAGGCAGAAACCGUACUAGACUUUUUACACCAACAAAAUAUUGUGACUCAAAGAGAAGACGUAUUUAGGCCUAUAGACUCAGUUAUUGCUUAUUUCAAAAAUAAAGGUUUUAAAAAGGAAAUAUUUGUUAUUGGCCCGAGCUUACUCAAACAAGAAUUGGAGCAUGCUGGUUUUGAUUUAGCGGAAGAAGUUCCAACUGAGAUUGAAAAAAGUUUUGAUGGUGUUUUUGUAAACAACAAAGACCACAGCAAUGUGGAGGCAGUGAUAUUAGAUCACAAUUUUAAUGUAAGUUUUAUUAUGCUACAAAAAGCACUCUGGUGCUUAUUGAAACCCAAUUGUGAACUUAUCACUAUAAAUCCUGAAAAGGAAAUUGUCACGGAUCAUGGAAGUAUUAUAGGAACAUAUUACUUUGCGAAAACCUUAAGGGAUAUUACAAAAAAAGUAGAUGUUAACCUUGGUCAGUCUUCAGUAUACUAUCACAAAGCUAUUUCCAGAAAGUUUCAAACAACCGAUCCCAAACGAAUUCUAUAUAUAAGGGAGCUAGACACAAAAUUUAAAGAGAUAGAAAUAAAGGAGAACUUUCAGGAAAUCCUGGUAAUACAUGGUACUGACAAAGAAAAAGAAGAUGAAUUGAAGAAGCACCGGAAUAGCAAUUGCCAAUAUUAUGUAGAUAAUUGGGAUACUUUAAAUAAAAUAAUACGUGGCAUGUACUAA